AUGUCUGGAACGGUGAUAUUUAAAACAUCAAUGGGAACAAUAACUUUUGAAUUAUACUGGGAUCAUUCACCAAAAACUUGUAAAAACUUUUAUGAUUUGACAAAACGUGGAUAUUAUAAUGGUGUUAUAUUCCAUAGAAUAAUUCCGGAUUUCAUGAUACAAGGGGGUGAUCCAACAGGAACUGGACGUGGAGGUUCGUCAAUAUAUGGAGAAACAUUUGAAGAUGAAAUUCGUCCUGAAUUAAAACACACAGGAGCUGGUAUUCUUAGUAUGGCAAAUGCAGGUCCAAACACAAAUGGAAGUCAAUUUUUUAUAACGUUAGCACCAACGCCAUGGUUAGAUGGUAAACAUACAAUUUUCGGACGAGUAAGUGACGGUAUGAGAGUUGUAAAACGUAUGGGUCUUGUUCCUACUGACUCAGAUGAUCGUCCAAAAGAUGAUGUAAAAAUUCUAUCUGCACAUGUUAUUUAA